AUGGCUUGGCGCAACAUUAUAUCGAAUGUAUUGCCCUUCUUUGGGGGCGAGAGCCAGAGCGUGCUUCCUAUGGCAGUUGGCCGGGGUACGUUGAACGGACGUGAACCUGGGGACAGUCGGAUGCACUGGUUGUAUACGUGGGAAACACGUGACAAGAUGAUGCCUGCCCGUACCCGGUUUGCGCGGACGCUGGGUCACAUUCAGUUUACCAAUGUCGCCGGCCAUUCCUGGUGCAACAGCGGAUACGGUGACGCUAUGACGCUGGCCAUAAGCCAAUUGAUGAAAUCGGAGGUCGCGGUCAUGCUCAAUAACGCCGCCGCAAGCAUCGACAACAAAAGCGGAGGUCUUCUUUGGGAUGAAGCUCAAGGCCGCUUCGUAAGUGACCCACCCAAAGCCAGCAGCAAUCCACUCAAGACAAACAGUGACCCAACAGCGAAGAACCAACGUCCUGGAACCCAGCAAGGCAACACAACUAUUGGACGUCUAAACACUGGUGGAGUCUACAACACUGGCGGCGGGGGCCAUAAUACAGGCAACGCUAGUAGCGGGCGUUACAACGGCGGAACUGGUGGCUACGCUACCGGUGGCUACGCUACCGGUGGUGGCAGCUUCAGCAUCGGAGGUGGAAGCAACAAC